UGAACUGACAGAACGAGAAAUAGCUACUGCUGUAACGUUAACUGACUGUCAGUUAGUUCGUCUUCUGAAAGUGGUUUGGAGUCGUUUGUUUAUUAAUACAGAAUGGGAGCCUGUAUGGCGUUGUGCUCUCUUGCGAGCUGUGCCUCGUGUUUGUGUGGCUCCGCACCAUGUCUCCUCUGUGGCUGUUGUCCUUCUUCCAAUAACUCCACAGUCACCCGGCUGGUCUUCUCUUUCUUCCUCCUCCUGGGGACACUGGUGUCUGUAAUCAUGAUCUUGCCUGGCAUGGAGACGCAGCUCCGCAAGAUUCCUGGCUUUUGUCAAGGAGGAACCACAAUUCCAGGAAUCGAGAACCAUGUUAACUGCGAUGUGGUUGUAGGCUACAAAUCAGUGUAUCGCAUGUGCUUUGCUAUGGCAUGCUUCUUUUUCCUGUUUUCCGCAAUCAUGAUUCGUGUAAAGAGCAGCAAGGACCCUCGUGCCACUAUUCAGAAUGGGUUCUGGUUCUUCAAGUUUCUGAUACUUGUUGGCAUCACUGUUGGAGCCUUUUUCAUCCCGGAUGGAAUGUUUCAUGAUGUCUGGUUCUACUUCGGUAUUGUGGGCUCCUUCAUGUUCAUCCUGAUCCAGCUCAUCCUCCUGAUCGACUUUGCCCACUCCUGGAAUGAGGUGUGGGUGAGGAAUGCUGAGGAAGGCAACAGCAAGUGUUGGUUCUCAGGUCUGUUGUCUUUCACUGUCCUGCAUUACGCCCUGGCCUUUGCAGCAGUCGUGUUGUUUUAUCUCUACUACACCAAACCAGACAACUGUACCGAACACAAGUUCUUCAUCAGCUUCAACCUUAUUCUCUGCGUCAUCAUAUCUGUGGUUUCAGUUCUGCCAAAAGUGCAGGAUGCCUCACCUCAGUCUGGUCUGCUUCAGUCCUCUAUUAUAACUCUGUACACUAUGUACGUCACCUGGUCAGCCAUGACCAACAAUCCUAAUCGUGAAUGUAACCCUAGUUUGCUCAGCCUGGUGUCCAAUAUAAGCACAACUGAGGCCAUGCCUACAAGCUCCCCUGGGAUGGUGCAGUUGUGGGAUGCUCAAGGCAUUGUGGGAUUGGUUAUCUUCCUCUUCUGCACCUUUUAUGCCAGCAUCCGUUCAUCCAGUAAUGCACAGGUGAACAGGCUGAUGCAGACAGAGGAAGGGAAGGGUACUGUGGGAGGGGAGGAGGUGGGCGAAGACGGAGUGCGGCGUGUCGUGGAUAACGAAGAGGACGGCGUCACAUACAACUAUUCCUUUUUCCACUUCCACCUCUUACUGGCCUCUCUCUACAUCAUGAUGACACUCACUAACUGGUACAAACCUGAUAUAACCACUCAGGCCAUGCAGAGCACUAUACCUGCAGUGUGGGUGAAGAUCAGCUCCAGCUGGAUGGGUCUGGGGUUCUACCUUUGGACGCUUGUGGCUCCUGUCAUUUUACCCAAUCGAGACUUCAGCUGAGCUUGAGUGGGUGAGACUCUGUCACCUGUACAAGCUGGCCAUGUUUGUGCUAUGUUAGAAAUAUUACAAUCUCCAAAAACCAUUAAAUAGCCAAGACUGUAAGCAAUUAGAAUCUGAAACAGACUAUUGUUAUCUAGUCUCAUAGACCUAGUAGGUACUUGCACAUUAAAAAUACAUAGACAAAAUCAAAAAUAUAUGAUGCCAUGACAAGUAUUUAAAAAAAAUUAUAUUUAAGUCUGUUUCAGCUCUUUAGUAAAUUGACACAUGAUGUGAGGAU